AUGGGGGUAACCUGUACGACUCAUUAUUUUCCUCAGUCGCUUCAGGAAUCUGCCUCGUUGUCCUCAAAGCUCUACAAACCAUUUCCGAAGAAAAAACGCAGUACUCGCGGCGGUGUAAUUAUGCAAUUAACGGGGGAAGGACUAGCAAGUAGCAUCCCUCCACGACACAUCAACGACCUGAUCUCUUCAGUUCGAUAUCAUUAUCAAUACCAGUGUUCAUUUGCCGCCCAGGAUGACUCCGAACUUAUUUACGGUGAGAAACGAUACACAAUAUUUAAUCACAGAUUACAUGGUUUAGAUUAGAAUGUUUCGAGCACAUAUGCACUUCAAAUCCAAAAGGAGCGUUUCCAUCAGUGACCAAUGACAAAAUUCAAUAUUGCAUUUUGGAUUUGACCAUGUAUAUUAUGUUGUGACGAGAAUUGGAAGCCUGUUUAAUUUUUAAUUUGAAAAGAUUGUGAUAAACCGAUUUUAAAAUAACUGUUUCGCUGGUUUCUUUGACAAUAUUUUGAUAUGCAGGUCAAGAUCGUAUUCAAGAUUUUUUUUUAUAUAAUUUUAUAAUGAUUUGCUGCAGCCGUACUGUUUUACUUGCACCUGUACACACAUAAAUGAAAACAAUAUCCCCUUUUUAUAAGAAAUGACGGAUUUUCGCCCGGCGUUUCGAUCAAGAGACCAAAAAACUUUUUUCCAUGAGAUUAAAAAAGGAACUAACGGUCAUUGAGCGUUCCUUUAAAAUUUUGUGUGCGAUAAGCUUUGUAGACGAAUCGAUGAGGAAAAUGGCGAAACGUAGGAGGGAAUGUUUAGAAUAUAUUUAAGACUGCGUGGAUCAAAACGAAAGCAGAAGGUUUAUCAUAAAUGCAAACGGUGUACCUAAUUUUCAUUUUUGUCAAUGUGUGAUAAUCAAAAUAGACGAGCCGACUGAUUCAAAGAGCGUUUGCUCUGCGAGGAUGGAUCGAAGGCACAAUCUUAAUUGUAAAUCAGCUAUUCUAUCAUGUUCUUAACAGUUUUGCAUAUGACAAUAACAAGCCGCACGGUCAUUAAAACUCGUUCAUGCAUCGGUGUCAGCUGAAAUCUAAUUUUCCAUCCUUUCGCAAGAUAGGUGGCACAAUGUAAGGAUCAUUUAGCUCCGCGGCCAACCCGCCCUGUCAAAUUAGUAGAGAAAAUAACCAUGUAACCAAGUAACCGUACAAAAGGCUCUCUUGUUUAUGGCGGGGCCUUACCUAUUCGGGAUGGGCGUCGUUUCGCCAUUGUAGACUAUUGUGAUCUAAUGGACAAAAAAGCGAAAAGUAAAAACACUAGAAAUCAGUCAAUCGGUCAUUACUUAUCGCCUGGGGGGUAGGGUGGGGUUUGAAGGAUUUUAUCUUUUGGGAUGGGGAUCAAAUGGUUUUCAGGGGGGACGGAACGGGGAUUACAUGUCACUAACAGAAUAUAAAUGGAGGACAAUAGAAAAUUUAAGAAUAUUACGUAGCCUCGGGAGGGUUAGUUAAAUUUUGUUGCGACACAAUUAAAAUCCUUCAACCCCCCACUCCCUCAAGUAAUUACUGUUUUUCCAGUUGAAGAGAAAAAAAAAACUGUUUCUAUUCGAUGUGGUUGGCGCAGCUAAUAUUUCGUAGUUCUUGGCUGCACUAUAUUUUGGCUGCUCUUAACAGUGUUUUUUUUCAGACACGAUGGAGAAUUAGAUAUAUUUCAUUACGGUAUACCGUUUCUAUAUCAGUCUUUUAUCCUUGCUACUGGCUAAUAUACAUUCAAAUGAUAGCAGAUAAAUGUUGUAGCUAUAACAAAAAAUUUACACGAGAUAUUUUGUUUUCUUAGCUAUUAGCGUAAUAUCAUCACUGAAUUGAAAUUACUUGUUAACUGUAAUACCUAAUAGAGACACUGACUAGUCUCAGAACUUUUGAAACUUUUUCAACAGUAUUUAAAUCAACUUCAAUAUUCAUUUCUCUACCACAGUGUUUCACUUCAAUGGAAGCUGGGACUUUUAAGUACGUGAAUAUUCACAACUCAAACUAGGUCCAAAAUGUUGCUAAUUGUAAUCAUUGUGUCCGGUUCUCCAAUAGAUCAUUAGUAAGAAUACAUAUGUAUAUCAAAAUGCUUAUUAUUUAAUCUUAUAUGUCUCCUUCCUAGGAGUUGUGGUGGAGCCAACAUCUCACUUGGCUAAACAUCCGACCUAUACUUCGCGCACGUGCACAUGGGACUUGGCAUCCUCACCCUCGACGGCUAUUACCAAGUAUCAUUGCGCAUUAACUUCUGGUCCUUGGUCGAUCUCGCCGAAUGGGCAACAAUUGUGCUGCUUAGCCAUGAAACAGGGCGUACACGAAGAGGAAGAUCUUUUCUUGUCGAGGUACGACUCUACACCGCAGAAAUGUACUCCUUGUAACAUCCCAGGAAGUUUGUCGGAAUAUCGACGGAUUUAUCCCCAGGAAUGUCCGUACUCACACGAUGGGAACACAAUUGCUUCAAUUCGCGUUGUUGCCGGAGCUCUCCAAUUGGCAAUCACUGCUGCGCGUAACGGAAAGACCAUUUGUAGUGAAAGAGUCAGCAAAGUUUGCUUUGGUUUUCGUGGUGUUGUCGUUAAUUGCGCGUUCUCUCCAAACGACCGCCUUCUUGCAGUUACUUCCUCGUACGGACAAGUAUAUUUAUUGAACUCUACCAGGUUAACACGAGUGAACAGUUUAGAUUGUGUGUCUAUUCUGUCUCCCUACAAAGUUUCAGAACUUGCCAAUGGAAACCCGGAAGACUUCGUCACGUAUUCCGUUUGCGCGUUUGAUCCACGUUUCCCUUUCCAAGAGUUCGUCACUUGCGUCCUGUACGCUGGGAUAGUAAAGAUAUGGCAAAUGUCAUGUUGUGAUAAAAAAGAUUCAGAGAUUCAAAACAGACACACGCUAACCUUCAAAAAGCUAUUAAACGUGGUUAGGUAUUCUCCCAAUGGAACGAUUUUGGCAGUGGGAGGAAAAGAUGGGACCAUUUCUUGUAUAAAUGUUGAUGAUGGAACUGUGAGCUUUGUUCUUGAUGUCACACAACAGCCACUAGAAUUCCACAGUUCUGCAGAUGUUUUUCACGUGGCAUUCACGCAAAGCGGAGAGCAACUCGCUGCAAGUUACAGCGAUGGUUGCAUACGAAUUUGGCAACUGCCAAUAGUUUUUGAUUUGAAGUUGCUUUGUCGACUAGUGGUUAAUGCAUGCGUCCCACCCAACAAAGUUCUCCAGCUUCCACUGCCUCUGAGACUUCAAAAAUUCCUUCUAAACAUAAAUUUUUAA